CUCGGGCCCCGGGUCCUCGGGGCGCGGGGUCUGCGGCGGGGCGGUGCCCGGCCAGCCAUGAGCGCCCCGGCGGCCGCCCGCAAGGGCUUUUACCGCCAGGAGGUGACCAAGACGGCCUGGGAGGUGCGCGUCGUGUACCAGGACCUGCAGCCCGUGGGCUCGGGCGCCUACGGCGCCGUGUGCUCGGCGGUGGACACCCGCACCGGGGCCAAGGUGGCCAUCAAGAAGCUGUACCGGCCCUUCCAGUCCGAGCUGUUCGCCAAGCGCGCCUACCGCGAGCUGCGCCUGCUCAAGCACAUGCGCCACGACAACGUGAUUGGGCUGCUGGACGUGUUCACGCCCGAUGAGACCCUGGAUGAUUUUACAGACUUUUACCUGGUGAUGCCGUUCAUGGGCACCGACCUGGGAAAGCUCAUGAAGCACGAGAAGCUGAGUGACGACCGAAUCCAGUUCCUUGUCUACCAGAUGCUGAAGGGGCUGAAGUACAUCCAUGCUGCUGGCGUCAUCCACAGGGACCUGAAGCCUGGCAACCUGGUGGUGAAUGAGGACUGUGAGCUGAAGAUCCUGGACUUCGGCCUGGCCAGACAGGCCGACAGCGAGAUGACUGGGUACGUGGUGACGCGCUGGUACCGGGCACCUGAGGUCAUCUUGAAUUGGAUGCACUACACGCAGACGGUGGACAUCUGGUCAGUGGGCUGCAUCAUGGCCGAGAUGAUCACAGGGAAGACGCUCUUCAGAGGCAGUGACCACCUGGACCAGCUGAAGGAGAUCAUGAAGGUGACGGGGACGCCCCCCGAGGAGUUCGUGCAGAGGCUGCAGAGUGCGGAUGCCAAGAAUUACAUGAAGGGUCUCCCUGAGCUGGAGAAAAAGGAUUUUGCCUCCGUCCUGACCAACGCGAGCCCUCUGGCGGUGAACCUCCUGGAGAAAAUGCUGGUGCUGGAUGCAGAGCGGCGGGUGACGGCGGCCGAGGCGUUGACCCACCCCUACUUCGAGUCGCUGCAGGACACGGAGGAUGAGCCCAAGGCCCAGAAGUAUGACGAGUCCUUUGAUGACGUGGAUCGCACGCUGGACGAGUGGAAGCGUGUCACGUAUAAAGAGGUGCUCAGCUUCAAGCCUCCCCAGCAGCUGGGGACCAAGGUCUCCAAGGAAACGGCCCUGUGAAGACCCCUGGAACCUGGCUGGGGCUUCCCCCUGGAAGGGCCAUCCUGGUUUCCCCUGUGGCUUUGGCUGGGGCUCGCGUCCUGGGAGUGCCCUCGUUCCCUGGAGCCCCUCCCACAAGCUUGUUCUCCUGCUCUCAGGCCCCACCUCAGCCUCUCCUUGGAGGAGCACCUGGCCUUUUUGGACGGGAUGCCCACCUGACCUGGGGCUGGCCUCUGGCCCCCUGAGCAGUGGUCCGCUCCUCCAGGGUGCAGCAAGAAGCCUCGGAGCCUGUGGUGGGGGAGGGGUUUAGGGUCGAGGCCUGGCUUCUGCCAUUGCUGAGAGGAAGGACAGGGAGGGCACAGGUGAUGACUCAGGGACACCUCUGCAUCCCCAGCCUGGAAUGUACAUCGGCCACGUGGCGUGGCCACUCGGCUGGAGGAAAUAAACCCUUUCUCUCUCCUG